AUAAGUUUGUCACCAGCCUUCACUUAAGAUGUGUAAGUCUAGAGAGGUUCCGAUGGAAUAUAAAGAUGGCAAUGUUGAAGCAACAAGGACAGUCCCAGUUUGAAGAACGAUGGCCGUUAAUGCGUCCUACAGCCCUGAAGUUGCUUCGUCAGGAGCCUGUCACCAAAAUAGAAUGGCAGGAUCUUUUCUGUGCUGUGCACUCUGUGUGCUUAUGGGACGACAAAGGCCCAAACAAGAUGUAUGGUGCCCUACAGGAGGAUAUCCUUGACUUCAUCAGACAUGCCCAGUCCAGAGUGCUGCAGCACCAUGAGGACUCCGCCCUACUAAAAGCUUACAUCGCUGAGUGGGGCAAGUUCUUCACUCAGUGUGACUACCUCCCCAAACCCUUUAUGCAGUUAGUCACAUCCCUUGCUGGCAAGCCACAUGGCAGCAUGCAGAAAAAGACUCAAGGAGAGGAAAGUCUAGUCAGAAAGUUGAUGCUGGACAGCUGGAACCAGAGCAUUUUCUCCAAUAUAAAACAAAGACUGCAGGACAGUGCCAUGAAAUUACUCCACGCAGAGAGGAAUGGAGAGGCUUUCGACUCACAGCUCGUCAUAGGUGUACGAGAAUCAUAUGUAAACCUUAGUUCAGAUGUAGAAGACAAGUUAAAGAUUUACCGGGAGAACUUUGAGAAAGCUUACCUUGAUGCCACAGAGAAGUUCUACAAACUGAAGGCGCCCCAAUACCUGGAGGCCAAUGGUGUACAGAACUAUAUGAGGUAUGCUGACGCUAAGCUGAAGGAGGAGGAGACGAGAGCCCGUCGGUAUCUGGAGACGGGAUGGGGAUGUAGUUCAGUCUCAACAUUGACAGAAUGUUGUGUAAAUGUCCUCGUCACAGCUUUCAAGGAAACCAUUCUCAAAGAAUGUGCUUCUAUGAUAAAGAAUAAUGAGACAGAAAGUAAAGAACUGCGCCUGAUGUUUAGCCUGAUGGACCGGGUGCCUGAUGGAAUCGCACCCAUGCUACAUGCUCUGGAGGCCUACAUUGUCAGUCAGGGCCUCGCUGACAUGAUGGCAGCUGCUGAAACGAUCACAACUGACUCGGAGAAGUAUGUGGAGCAGCUCCUAGAACUGUUUAACAGAUUCAGUGCUCUAGUGAGGGAGGCCUUCAGUGAUGACCCCAGGUUCCUCACUUCUAGAGACAAGGCCUACAAAAAUGUUGUGAAUGACACGUCCGUAUUCCGUCUAGAAAUCCCAAUGAAAAACAAAGGUAUUGGUGCCAAGACCCAACCAGAGUCCAAGUGUCCUGAACUUCUAGCAAACUACUGUGAUAUGUUACUUAGAAAAACUCCUCUCAGCAAAAAACUCACCUCAGAAGAAGUCGAAAAGAAGCUCAAAGAUGUGUUACUUGUGCUGAAGUACGUACAAAACAAGGAUGUGUUCAUGAGGUAUCACAAGGCCCACCUGACGAGAAGACUCAUCCUUGAUACAUCCGCUGACAAUGAGAAGGAAGAGAACAUGGUGGAAUGGCUAAGGGAAGUCGGUAUGCCAGCUGAUUAUGUCAACAAAUUGGCAAGGAUGUUCCAAGACAUCAAGGUCAGUGAUGACCUCAACCAAGAGUUCAAGGAUGCUCACAGGAACAACAAUGAGGGUAUCGCAGACUCUAUAAACAUCAAGAUUCUGAAUGCUGGAGCCUGGGCGCGGACGAGUGACCGAGUGACGGUAUCUCUUCCCAUGGAACUCGAGGAUUACAUACCACAGGUGGAGGAGUUCUACAGGCAGAAACACAGUGGUCGCAAACUACAGUGGCAUCACCUCAUGUCCAACGGCAUUAUAACAUUUGCAAAUGAUAUAGGACGGUUUGACAUAGAGGUCACAACUUUCCAAAUGGCUGUGUUAUUUGUGUGGAACCAAAGACCUAGAGACAAAGUGACAUAUGAAAGCUUGCGGCUUGCCACAGAGCUCCCUGACACUGAGCUCAGGAGAACUCUAUGGUCACUGGCUGCCUUCCCUAAGAUCAAGCGACAGCUACUGAUGUGCUGCCCUGAGUCCAAAUCUGCCAAAGACUUUGAUGACAGUACACAGUUCUGGAUCAACCAGGAUUUCUCACUCAUCAAAAAUGGGAAGGUGCAAAAGCGAGGGAAGAUCAACUUGAUUGGUCGGCUGCAGCUGUCUACAGAGAAGACAAAAGAGGAGGAUAAUGAAGGAAUCAUGCAGCUACGAAUCCUCAGAGUACAGGAGGCCAUUGUGAAGAUCAUGAAGAUGAGGAAGCACAUCACAAAUGCAGCCUUACAGACAGAAUUGGUGGAGAUACUACGGAACAUGUUCCUACCCUCCAAAAAGCUCAUCAAGGAGCAGAUAGAAUGGUUGAUAGAACACAAGUACAUGCGUAGAGACGAGGACAAUAUAAACAUGUUUAUCUAUAUGGCAUAGAUGUCCCUGUGUAGUUCUAUCACAUAACAUUUCGCUCUUUCUACGCCAAAGCCAUGACUUGACCAACAGCCCCUGAAUAUUAACCUGUGGUUGAACUAUGCUGUGAUGUUGAAAUAGCAUGGUAUGCUGUGUUAAACAACAGUCCAGGCUUGUCAGAGCAUGGCACUAUGGCAAUUAAAGGUGGCCAUAUAUGCUUUUAGUCAACAGCUGACUUUUGUUGCAGGAAUGUUGAGGACAUGACUUUGGUGUUAGAAUUAAGCUGUUUGAUAACAGCUGACACCCGAAUGGAAUACAGAGCUGCUGGAAUCAUGUCUCAUUAGCUGUUGCACUAUGGACUAUUGAUAUGCACCCAAUCUUCAAAAGAAAAGUUGGAUAGCUAUCCGAAGCUCCUUCCCUUUCAGUUAAUUGAAAUGAGGAAAAGUCAUAACUUGUUUCCACUUUAAAUAAGCAGAAUCUGGCAAUAUUUGCCUGACUUACUGGACACAGUAAUUGGCUGACCUUGGAAGAGUAGAGCCUUUACCUCAAGUUUGUACCACCUCAGAUUUGUAGCAGACUGUCAUCCUGACAGAGAUCAAGUGGAAGACUAUCUUACUGCAGGAAGUAAUGGGACACCCCGUUCCAGGCAUGUGAUAUUGUCUCGUCGUUGUGUCGCCUAGAUACAAUAUGUAGCUCUACUCCCGUCACUUACGGACAAGAUUGUGGCGCCACCUAUCCAUCACCAUGGGACAUUGCAUGACUCUUGGUAACCAUAAUGAUGUUCCUUUUUGUACAUAUGUAGAGUUAUGACGAUUGUCCUACUCCUCUGUAGUCCGGAGUCUGUCGGUAUACCAGACACAGUGACAUAAAUUUCAAAUAGCCUAGCAGGUACUUACAGAUCCUACACCUAAAUUGCCUGUGCCAUUAUAACAAAUGUCAGUAUGAAAUCAUUAAAUUUUCUGCAAUAUUUCAUAACUUUUAUUUCGUAGAACAUGCGUCACUUAUAGUAGUCUAGAGGUUCAAAGAAAUUCGAUGGUUUCAUGGUUGCCAGCUUACCUACUUAUCUUCAAACAAAAAUGUUGUAUGUAAACUAAUACAUACAUGUAUCAAAGUAAAAUGAAGGUCAGGAACAAGUUAGGCUUGAUAGGAUUACUGAAAUAUUGGUUUGUGUUGUCGAUCUGUCCUGUUAACCGUGAUGUUCUGUAUCAGGAGUCGGGAUAAUCCUAUCCUAGCAUAGUCUCAGCACCUCUAUAUCAAAGUUUUGGUUUUAAUGAUUUUAUGUCAGUAUUUUAACCAAUUAUACAGGGACUAUUCUAGUAAAAUAUCCAUUGAAAAUAUAUCCCAUCCCUGGACUCCUGGUUUUGUCUUCGAGUACACCCAUAGAAUCGAUUAAUACUUACCAUAGAAAUAAUAGGCAGGAAACUAAAUCAGAUGUGAUCUGUUUGGGAGUCCUGGGUUGGGUAGUUUUUACUGGAAUAGCCCUAAUUAUUUCUGUUUUGUAUAAUGUUAUACAUGUAAAGUUGGAAUGAUAUGGGACAACACUAGGAUAACUACCUUAUUCACUGUCUUAUGAUAAGACCCUCCUCCUAUACACACCCCUUCUAACUAUUCUAAUACCUUUUUGGAGGAAAAACUUACUAACCACCCCUUCUACCAUUUAGGGACAUAAAUAGUUAUAAGAUUUGUUUGUCUCUUUACUGAAGUUAUUGCCUUCAUAUUUUUUCCCCAUUUUCUUCUUUAAAACAAUCAAACACAUAACCAGCAUGUCUGGACAUCCUCGAUAUCCACACAUAGGGGUUAUGCUCACUUUCACUCUCUACACCCCUGGAAUAGGUCAUGGCAAAAUUGAAGGCACGAAGAUAGCUGUUUGAUUGGUCUCGGGUAAAAAGGAUGAUGUCUGGAAUGCUUGGAAGAAAGUGUUUUUCACAAAUAACAUUCAAAAAAUCAGUUCAACAACCCCCUUUUCUAUCAUUUGUUUUAAAAGCUUGGGGUGCCCAAUAUAGCCAGUAUGAUACAUGUAUAACCAUUACAAACCAAAGUGUAAUUUAACCUCACUUAAACUUAAAGAAAAGAUUAUCUCCUUUAGUAUGACAAGUCUGGUGUUAUAUUGGCCAAUUGGGAGGAAUGUUUUAUAUCUUCAAAUAUAACAUAUGUCAAUUAUUUAAUAGCGAUACUUUCUUAUUCCAAAAUUGGGGGAAUUCUAAAUUUGCUUACUUGUUGUAAGUUAAGAAAAUGUAGAGUCAUUCAUUAUUCUUGAGAUUAUAUAUUUGUAAGUCGUAUGCAACAUUAAUGAUAUUUUCUUGUUUCAAAAAACAUUCCUGUAUGGUGAUCCAAAAGGAUGUAUGGUUAAGCCUCUUUUUAAAAAAAAAAAAAUGUAACUUGGAAACAUUAUCUGCAAAAAAUGUAUUACUAAAGACUAGGUAAGUUGACGGACACACAAAACCUUCGCAAACAAAACUUAAAGUAGCACUUCUAAUUUUUUUAUUCAUCCAUUGACUUUCUUUUGGAUCAAAGAGUUCCAAUUGACAGAUAUUUCCAAAUGAUCUCCACCAAAUUUAAAUAAUUGGUUAUUCGUGUAUUUUAACAAAACAGCCCCAUUUUGUUUGAUAUCCCUCUAAUAUUAAAAUAAGUUUUGAUCUGUGAAAAGCAUACAUGGUACUUGACUCAAUAAUAUAUUUACAUAUGAGAUAACUUUCUAUGUAAAGAUACAAUCCAAGGGCUUUCAGUGCUUUUGAAUUUGGAAACAAGAAUCUUCAAUUAAACACACUUGGGACCAUUACCUCUUGCAGUGUCCAAGAAUCAGCAAUAAAGAACUUUAUGGUACACAAACUGAUUAUUAUUUAGUACACAAACUGAUAAUAGAUUUUUUGCGUUAUACUGAAAUCUUUUUUGAUUUCUAUGAUGCAUAGACACAAAGAUUUUACAAAUUUUGCAAUGAACAGGUCAUAUUACCAUAUUUUAUUUAUUUGGUACUGGGCCUACUCCUGGACUGAUGGCUAUAUAACAAGUACAACCUGGAUAGGUACCUCAAUUAUGGACCUAUAUUUGUUUGAAAAAGUGAUAUGUGCUAGGAAUAAGGUCUUAUCACUAGUGAAAUGUAGCAUACAUUAAUUAGUCUUUUUUUAGGUCACCUGAGCUUUGCCCCUAAAGAUCACAGGGGAAUUAUUUAAAUGGUAAAUUUCAGGACCCACGAGCCAUCCCUUCUCCCUGUGGGAGGGGGUAAAGUUUACUAUAGUUUGUAUAGAAUUCCUGCCCCAUCCCCAGGGGCUAGGGCGGGGCCCCAAA